AUGUGUGUCCUUCUGCAAUGCAUUAGGGAAUUGUUUGUUUCACGGAUACCGUGGACAGUGGCAAAUAAAGAGGUGAAGGAAUAUUUUACCCAGUUUGGUACAGUAAAGAAAUGCCUUCUACCAUUUGACAAGGAGACAGGUUUCCACCGUGGCUACUGCUGGGUUACUUUUGCAGCAGAAGAGGGGUUGCUAAAUGCAUUGCAGAAGGACACACAUUUGUUGGAAGGAGGAGGAUUAAAAGACACACCUGUUUUAGGCCAUUCCCUAGCAAUCAUGUCAGACAGCAUCUGGCACAGGGAAAAUUUAGGGAGUUCAACAACAGUCCUACAAACUGAAUUUAAACGAUUAAAAGGUUUAUCAUCAGAAGAUCUUUAA